AUGGAUAAAAAUGAAGAAAUCUCGGAUAUAAUUUGUGAUAAGAAUGAUUCCCCAUUAAAAGGUAUUCGUUCAGGUGCAGUUCUACGACCAGAACCACUUUUUCAUCGUCGAACUCGAUUAAUAAUUGAUACACAUUAUAAUGCUGAACAUAAUUUAUUACGAAAUGGUGUUGAAGAAAUAGAAUUUGAAAAUUUAAAAUUAAUUUCAUUAGAUAAAUUAUUUGAUAAUAAAAAUGAAGUGUUUAUUGGAUUUGGUAAACCAAAUGUUUAUUUAACAAUUCCAAAUGAAAAUUAUGAUCAAUAUAUUAAAUUUGCUGCUUUUAUCUUAUGGCGUCAAUUAAGUGCGAUUAUUCCAACAAAAGGUCGGGUUCAAUCAGGUUUUAUUAUACGUUUUCGUGAUUUAUCUAAAUGUCAAAUAGAAAAAAUUCGUGAAUCAAUGAUAAAACAUUCAAAUAGUCGACAUGUUUCAUGUGCAUAUGCAAAUGCAUGUGUAUUAAAUUCAGCUGGAUUUCGAAGUGGUGAUUCCGAGUUAACAAAUCAUUAUGGUGCACGUUCAUUAUUUCAACGAAUUUAUGAAUAUGGUUUAGAAUUUGAAGGAAGAGAAAUGAAAUUAGAUUUUAUUCGAACAACAAAAUUAUCACUUGAAGAACAUUUUCAUGAAGUUAGAAAAAAAGAAUUUACAAGUUUAACUCGAACAUUUAAAAAAGUUUAUAAUGAAUGUUUAUCAUCAAAUGAUAAACAACGAGCACCAUUAAUUCAUGUUCAAGAUAUUCCUAUGAAUCCAAUUAUUAUAUCAAAUGAAUAUUCUUUAACUAGACUAGAAAUCUCACGUCCAAAACGAAUUGGUGCUAUUAUAAGAAAAAUUUGGGGUUCACAUACAUUAUUUAAAGUUAUUCCAAAUCGUGAAAAAAUUGAUAUUAAUUCUUAUCUUCCACAAACAUUAAAACCAUUUCCAAUUCAAAAUCCAGAUUUAUUUACAAAAAUAAAAAAAUAUUUUCUUUUUUCUCGACCAGUUGUUACAAUAAUAAGAAAACAAAUGGCUUCACUUUGGGAUGAUCAUGGACAAUUUUCUUCUCAAUCAUUAGCAUCAAUGAUGAGUAUUAAUACAAAAAAUGAACCACAUCCAUAUAAUAUUGUUAUUACUGGACAUCAUUUAAUAGGGAUGCAUAAUAAUCCAUUUUUAAAUUCCAAAUUAGUUGAUUGGUUAUUAUCAAAACAUGUUCUUAUAUCAGGUUAUGAUGAUGAUGUUAGAUUUGCUGGUGAAGCUUGGAUGGAACAUCAAGAACAAGGUGUUAUUAUUCAUAUUAAUAAUAAUUCAGGAACUUAUAAACCUAAUAAUCAACAACUUAUUAAAGCUUCACAAUUUAUAUCUCAUGCAUUUCCAGGAUUAAAAGUUCAAAUACAUGAAAAUCAACAAAUUUUAUCAAAAGAAAAUUCAAUUGAGAAAGAUAAAAAUCAGUUUUUUACAAUUAAAAAUCUAUUUAUUAUAUUAUUAGCAUUCAUCUUUUGGUUAUGUUUUAUUAAAUUUGGUUAUUUCAAUUAA